CUGCCAUCACGCUCCCAAGGAUCCUCUCGUACUCGGUUCGCCAGGUCGAGACACCCUCCCACAUUCCUUUGCAUGGCGCCGACCACGACACUCGUUUGAACCGACAUCACCACCGCUCUUCAGCAACCACCACCACCGCCGACGCCGCCGAGCCCGACGACGACGACAGUCUGACCGCAGUCUUUCCUUGUACAUACCAUUACGCGCACCCAACGCCCUCAUUACCGAUCAGCGCCCGCCCUGGAACACUGCGUUUCGUAUACCAAACGUAAUUACUGCAUUGCACUGCCUCGGACGCGCCUCAAUGCAGCGAUAAACAGCACCAUUGAACAACCCCACCAGACAAGACUCCCGGCCUUCUUCAUCGGAAACGCGUCGUGCUGUGGUAGCCAAAGCAGUCCACCGCCUCCUGGCACCACUACGGCUCACGGGGUCGGCCGUGUAAAGGGAGGAUGAAGUUACCGCUCGAGAUGCAUCUGAGCGAUGCGCAGAAGGAGAGGAUGAAGCGAGCGGCAGGCGAAAUUGUGGACGAGGCGACGCGAGUGCUGGCACAGCGAGACUCUUCGGGAUCCAGCAGCGGGUCAUCGAGCAGCUGUACCAAGGGCACCGACAGUGGCCUCUGCGAGACGCCUUCAGCACGGCAAGGGAUACAGAAUGUGGCCAUCGCCAUGGGCGUAGUCGUCCCAUUGCUAAUUGCUGCUGUCAUUUUGGCCGUGUUGCACCGACGAUUGCGCAAAAAGCAGAAACAGGAGGAUUUGCACGAUCCGCAUAAGUCUUUAGACUUCGGUAUGGAUGGCGUGGAGCCUGCCUACGUGAAGAGAAACAAGAGCAGAAAAGAACCUGAAAUGAGCGUGCAAGAGAUCAGUGGCCACGGGAAACCGAAACGGACGCCUGGAUUGUCAUUAGACAUGAACAUUGGCAGUCCCUACAUGCUGCCGCCUGGAAUGAACGGGUCCCACGAGUCGAUACACAGCCUGGCUAGAACCCAUGAUGACCACGACCCAUACCGAUCCGUGGCAUUGCUGCGACCCUCCACUGACGGCGGUUCAAUACGGACUGGCCGAUUCCAAGGUGACAACGGCUCUCUGUACUCCAUGUCAACAGGACAUCACUCAGCAUUGGCAGAUAAGGACAAGGCCGGCCUGCUCGUCAAUGCUCGUCCAAUGUCGCAAACAUGGUCCAAGCGAGGCGACUCCAUGUCCCCCGAAAACCCAGCAUCACCCACCGCGGGCGGCGACUUCCCUCUGCGUCAGAUGAACAGCUCGAUCAACCGAACUGCGCCGCCACCGAUUCGUAAGCCUAGUCUUGACAAGAACCUACCUGAAAUUCUUGAGAAGGAAGUGGGCCCUCGAGAUUCGCCAUCUAUUGUCAUUGAUGAGCCGCAGGCACCUGCACCGCUUGCGAAGGAGAUUGCUAUCCCAGAGCCAGUUGCAAAGCAAAUGCCACCAGCUCCAAGAAGUUCCGACACCACCACUACCUCCUCGCUCCCUUCAAGGGGCGACUCUAUGCUCACCACGGACCGCUCAAGUCGCCCAGAGUCGAGCAACUACGGGGAUGAAGAACCUACACCGCUCGCACCACUGGCAGAACACCACGCAGUGACCGUCACCGACCAUGAUGCACCGUAUGAUAUCGAUCCAAUCAUGAUCUACACCGAGUACGGCGACGAGCCACCGAGCCCGAACGCACUACCACAGCGAAAGCAAAGUCUUGCUGCACCACAUGCCGCCGCCGCCGCUGGCUCAAGACUUUCAGUCAUGGGCUUGAGACCGCUGCCACCAGACAUGCCAGAUGACAAUCCAGAAGUCCGUGCGAAUAGAAUUCGCUCGUUCUACAAGGAGUACUUUGAUGACAGCAAGCCUCAGCCAGCAAAUGCGCAGUACACCGAUCCUGGCUACUACUAUGAUGAUGGCUACAUGGAUGGCAUCAUCUACGACCCAGAAACCGGAGGAUUCUAUGCUCCAGGUGCACAAACACAUGCAAAGCCAUGGGCACAAGGUCCUGCUCGAAGAGCCAUGACACCUCCGCCACGUGCUCGCCCUCGAGUAAGCGAUAAUUCUUCCGUCGGCUACCAAUAUCACUCGAGACGUCCGUCGCUGGCAUAUUCAACGAUGUCCGGCGGUGGUCCACGAGGACGCCCCGGACCGAAAAAGAUGCUUCCUCCACCGAAGGCUCUGACCAGCCUGCCAACACCCCACAAGCUGAAGGAGGAUGAUUUGGUUUUCAACCCAAUCGACUUUGCGCCACCAAGCUCUUUCCGUGAGCUGCAAAACGGUCGACGACCAGAUUCGCCUAUGGGCGUGCAAAGGCCUUACAGCCCAAGUGUGCGCGCCUUCACGCCAUUGGCGUCAUCUUUCGAUGCAUUGGAUGUACUACCUUCACCGCACCAUCUGCGGCGAUCAGGUACAUUUACUGCGUUGGACUUUGCACCACCUUCGAAGAUCCGCGAUCCGGGUAACCUCUCACCCAGCGACGCCGGCAGUAUCCGCAGCAAUCGCUCGGGUAUCUCUGCCAUGCAACACCACGCUGUCCGAGACGGCGCAUAUCGUGUAUCGCGAAUCCCCAAGGAGAUGGUCACGACUAAAGAUGAUAUCGCCAACCAGCUGCGUCCCAAGAUGAACCUGGUCAGCAAAGCAUAACCUUCGAUUUUGUGAGCGAGCGACUUUUGCCAAAAGCGGCACUUACGAGCAUUACGAACUAAAAACCUGCAUCUGAAUCUGGCGCAAGCAUCACCAUCACCAUCGCAUCAUGACUUUAGAGCCUCAGUUGUGCACGCAGCCACCAAACACUUCUUUCUUUCUGGACUUACGCGUCGAUCGACUGCAGCCGGGUUUGCCAUGCACAUACACACACAGUCCGGCAGCUGCAUGAGACACCAGACAUACUUUUUGGAAUCCUUUUCUUGUCACUCAUUUUACGGAGACAGCAUUAGACGAAACGGCAGUGUCCGCCAAAGCAUACACAUCCCUUUCGGGACUUUUUACAAAGAUGGGCGGGCGGGAAAGCGGGCAAUCUGGGCGUCAUGGGAUAGAAGCGAUAAUGUUUUGAGCUCUUUUAUCAACAGGUCCGGUGGCCUGAUGCUGAAGGAGAGGUGGGAGGGGAGGAGAUGGGAAGAGAGAGGAGGAUUUUGGGAGCGUGACGCAGACCUCCUACGAAGGAGUGUGUACAUACUGACUUGACCUCGAUGACUGCUACUGCGGUGAACCAGGCAAGCAACUACUGUAUGAAUGGAAACAAAUCGAACAAUCCACACUGCGCUUGCUGUCACGAUGAGAGGGAGACUCCGGU